AUGUCCACCUCGGUGAUCACUCCGGUGAGCAAUGGCUCGUACGACCGCCCGCAAUCGCAAGCCUCCUCACUCCCCGAACCCUCUUCGCAGCAUACACGGCCCUUCUCUCAGACGCCGCAGACGGCCUCUCAACAGCAGUCCCAACAAUCCCAACACCCUCCGCCGCAACAGACCGUUCUCUCGCAAACCCCUCAGCCGACCCAAUCGACGACACAGCCGAGGAGCGUGAAACGUCCGAGGCCAGUCAAGUCGUGUACCGAGUGCCGGAAGCGCAAACUCAAGUGCGAUCGAUCAUGUCCCUGUUCGCAGUGCCAGAGGUCGAGUAGGCAAUGCAAAUAUGCGACGGAUCAGGAUGCCGCGAAUCACUCGGACGCCUCCGACGGCGAGGCCGUCGAUGGCCAGCGGGCUCAGAAACGGCCGUGCAAUCUAACGCCCACAACGUCGCAACACCCACAGCAGACACUGGGGCAUCUCGAGCCACCGUUCAGCACGCCCAUGCGGAAUGGAGAUAUCGCCGUUCUUGCGGGCAUGACGCUGGAGGAGCUCGCCAUGAGGGUGGACCGGUUAGAAAAGCAUGUUCUGGCGAGGAGUCCUGCGAGGACGGAACUGAGUAGUAUCAAGGCCCAACUGGCGACGGCGGCACCCGAUACAAUCCGUGGGUUGUCGGUGAAGAGGGGGGUCAUGAGGACGCGCUAUUUCGGACAGAGCAGCACACGCGCAAUGAUCAAUCUUUUCGACGAAGCCAAAUUCUAUCUUGCGAAUUGUAAAAGGAUUGAUGGCCUGCGAGACAUCUUUACUCGAUUGGAAGCUCUUCAAAAAGUUAUGCAGGAAGAACACCGAAAAGCGAUUACGCCGAUUCCCGUUUACGUCGAUUCUAUGCUGCCGAUACAAAAGCGAAUGACGGAUAUUAUGCCGCCCAAGGCCGUCUGCGACAGGCUGCUCGCAUCGUACAUCGAUACGAACGAAAUAAUAUAUCGCAUGGUCCAUGUGCCGACCUUCAAAGCGCAGUACAACCUCUACUGGGAAAACCAGCUACAAUCCGACUACUUCCUCCCGCAACUCCUAACCGUCCUAGCCAUCGGAUCACGGUUUACGGCCGCCGCCAAGGGUCUCAGCCACGAGCGCAGGGACGGCGUACAUAUCCCAACCGCCUGCGCGCUAGUAAGGACCUGGCUCGACGGACUCCGGGGCAAGCAACUGGUGGAGUUUACGACGCUACAGACGGAGACGCUGCUGCUACAUGCGCGAAGGAUGAUGUCACUUUCGAAGAUGCACGAGACGUGGACGCAGUUGGGGUAUAUUGUUCGGAUGGCCAUGACGAUGGGCAUGCACCGCGAUCCCGACGAGUUUGGCCAACUCACGCCGUUUCAGGGGGAGAUGAGACGGCGGCUGUGGUUCACGAUUUUGGAUAUGGAUCUGUACAUUUCACUGGCGAGCAACCUGCCCUGUCUCCUCCGCGAGGGGGACCAUACUUGCAAGCCGCCGAGGAAUCUCGAUGACGGGGACCUCUACGAGGACAUGAAGGUUCUGCCCCCUGAAAAGCCGAUCGAGCAGCAUACGGAGUGCCAGAUCCAAGUCUACGCGAGCAUGACGCUACCGCUACGGGUCAAGGUUACACACCUAGUUAACCGCAUAGAUGCGUUGCAGGACUACGGCGAGGUCAUAGAAGUCGGGCAGAGGCUCGAUAAGUACAUGGAAGACCUCAGCUUCAUCUUCCCGCGAUAUGGCUACAACGACAGGAGCAAGAGUAAAGAAUGGCGGUGGCGCGUCGUGAUCGACAUGCACGUGCGGCGGCCCUUGCUGGCGCUCUACCGCCCCUUCGUAUUGGGCGUGCCCGACGCGCCGCAAGAGAUCGUCAGGGUGUACCUGCGCUCGUGCCUAGUGAUUCUGCGGUACCUGGACGAGAUGGACCCGACGCUACCGCAUUACGACGAGACGUGCGAUAUGUACAUUCAGAUUCUGAGGCAGGAUAUCAUUCAGGCGGCGUUUAGCAUCUGCUUCCACAUUAUGAAUACCAUCCGGCAGGCUCCCGCCAACGGUACCAUCGGGGUGUCCAUGUCUCCGAACGCGGGGGCGGGAGGAGAUCCGCUGGACGACGUCAUGCCGGGGACUCCGUCGAGGCUCAUCGCCACGGUGCAGAAAUCGCUCGACCUGCUCAUCCGCAAGGCGACCAUGUGCGAGCUAAAGGAUAUCAUCCCGCUCGCCGUCGUGUUCAACUGCGUGAAGAGGUACCCCCACCACGCGGACGACGAAUCGAUGGUUGGCGGGUUGCAGCUCGUGUUGGAAGGGUUGCUGCGGAGCACGAAUACGAGCCCCGAGAAGCUGAACGCCAUGGUGGCGGAGCUGGGGGGAGCGGCUGCAGCGGCAGGUCGUCGGGAUGUGGUUGUACAGCAGGGUCAGGGCCAGGGUCAGGGUCAGGGUCAGGGUCCGCCGCCGCAGCAGCAGCCUCAGGGUCAGCCUUCUUCUGGGAGUGGGGGCGUUGAUCAUUAUCCGCAGGCGAGAAGUCGGCAGCCUUUUAUGUUUAGUACGCAGCCGGGGGCGGUACCUGCUGGGGCGUCGGCGGGGGGGAGCACCACUUGCGAGAAUUGGGGGUAUGGUGGAUGGGUGGACAAUGCGAGGAUGAAGAUGUAA